AAAAGGGGAAAGAACGGAGGGGAAGGGUUUCAACUGAAGAGAGUAGAGAAGCUCCCCAAUUCAUCGAGGAGGCCAAGAAGAAAAGCGGAGGCAAAAAUGUCGAAACGCAAACAACGAGAUGACGACAACGACGUCUUCUCUCGUCCUCCUCCUCCGGGGUCCUCCAACGGCGUCCACAGCAACAUGGACCUCUCUCUCCUCGAGGCACUGGAGAAAUCCCAGAGCGCAGUGGAGGUGCUCGACCAAAGGACCCUCAAGAAACUCGUGCUCUCCUUCGAGCGCCGCCUCAAGGACAACAUCGAGGCCCGCCUCAAGUACCCCAACCAGCCCGACCGCUUCGCCGACUCCGAGCUCGAACUCCACGAAGACCUCCAGCGACUCAAGAUCCUCGCUGGCGGCCCCGAGCUCUACCCGGACCUCGUCAACCUCAAUGCCAUCCCCUCCAUCCUCAACCUCCUCGCCCACGACAACACCGACAUCGCCAUCGACGUCGUGCAGCUCCUCCAGGACCUGACCGACCCGGACAACGACGAGGAGGAGGAGGACAGCCACGAGCACGCGCGGGUCCUCGUCGACGCGCUGGUCGAGAACAACGUGCUCGAGCUGCUCGUCCAGAAUCUCCACCGGCUGUCCGACACGGACGCUGCGGCCGACCAGGACGAGGCGGCCGCCGUGUACAGCACUCUCGCCACCGUUGAGAACCUGAUUGAGGUGAAGCCGGCGGUGGCGGAGCUGGUGUGCGAGAGGACGAAGCUGCUCAAGUGGCUGCUGGGGAGGAUCAAGUUGAGGGAGUUCGAUUCCAACAAGCAGUACGCAUCGGAGAUACUGGCGAUCCUGCUGCAGAGCAGCGCGGCCAACCAGAGGCGUGUUGGGCAGAUGAAUGGAGUGGACGUGGUGCUCCAGGCGGUGGCCAUGUACAAGUCCAAAGACCCCAAGAGCUCGGACGAGGAGGAAAUGCUGGAGAAUUUGUUCGAUUGCUUGUGUUGUCUGCUGAUGCCGCUGGAGAACAAGGAGAGGUUUUUGAAGGCCGAGGGUGUGGAGUUGAUGAUUAUUAUUAUGAAGCAGAAGAAGUCGGCUUAUGGGUCGGCCAUAAGGGCGCUUGAUUUCGCGAUGACCAAGUACCCGCCUGCCUGCGAGCGUUUUGUGGAUGUUCUGGGCUUGAAGACUGCGUUUGCUGCUUUCAUGGGUAAGAUUCCCAUGAGUAAGAAGAACAAGAAAGAGCGCUACCAAGAGGAGUUAGAAGAGCGCAUUGUAUCACUGAUUGCAUCUUUAUUUGGUGGAAUUUUAAGGGGUUCUAGAAGGGAAAGAUUGUUAAGUAAGUUUGUGGAAAAUGAGUGUGAAAAAAUUGACCGGCUUAUGGAACUCUAUAUGAGAUAUUCUGAUAGAGUGAAAACAGAGACUGAACGGCUGGACAGUAUUGAACUUGAUGAUUUGGAGAUGGAUGAAGAUGAGAAGUACAAUCGGAGGCUAGAAUCUGGACUUUAUACUCUUCAGUUGAUUGCCGUGAUUCUGGGCCAUCUUUGGUGCACUGAGCACCCUCAAAUGAGAGCGAGAAUUGAACUACUGCUCAAGCAGCAAAAACUUACUAAGAAGGACGUCAGGGAUAUACUACAGGAAUAUCAUGACAAUAUUGGUGAUUUGGAUGGACCAGAAGAGAAGGAGCGAGCACAGGCAAAGAUUCAAAGGUUCAUUUCAGCCUUCUGAUUUAUUUGGUGACAGAAUUAACUUUUGCAGCACUGAAGUAUGGUGAAAAUGGUGGACCUUAUAUGAUUCUUGAAAGGUCAAGAAUGGUAAACGGGCAUUGCAAAUUCCAUGGAAAGAAAAUUAUACUCGAAUUUUACGGUCCAGGCAAUGAAAGGAGUAGGUUCUGCUUAGCCUUUUUAAUCAAGGUUGUUAGGUUUUACUUAACAGUUAGGAUCCUAGAAACUCUUUUAGAAGAAAACAUGAAGUUUUAUUAAAGAUCGAUUCAUUUUAA